CGUCCCAGGCCCAGGGUCCUCCAGCUGGAGAGAAACCUCCCAGGAUCAUGAACUGCCUGACGACGGCUCUUCUGCUCAUUUUCCUCCUGGGCCUUUCUCUUCAGCCCAUCUAUGCUGCUCCACAAGGGAUCCUGGAAGACACAACCUGCUGUUCAAGCGUCAUUAAGUUACCUAUUCGUUUUGGUAACCUGAAGCAUUUCUACAGGACCUCCUGGGGGUGUAGGAGGCCAGCUGUGGUGUUUGUGACUCUCCGGAAUACGGAAAUCUGUGCUGAUCCACAGGCCAAGUGGGUGCAAAAUGCAAUACGGCGCCUGGAGAAAAAGAAGUAGUUUGGGACAGCGGACUGCCACAGGCCUGCGCUCCCCUCGUCUCUUUUCUGCCUCCCAGGGCCAGCUGGCUCUGCUCUAUUUAUGUAAAAUGCCUAUUACUC